CCUUCUUGGAUUCACAGACAAUUUAUUCAAUUUGGAUCCUGGUUUCCCCUCGAACCCAAAUUCAGUUUCAGCCAUGGUUUCUUCUUCCACCACCUUCUUUCUUUCUCUGCUCCUCUGUGUUUCUUUCUUCGCCUUCUUCUCGCAAUCUGAAUCCAAAUCUCACCUUCCCAAAGUCUCCAUAGAAUUGUACUAUGAAAGUUUGUGCCCAGACAGCGUCGACUUUAUCGUCAAUCACCUUCCUAAAAUCUUCUCCACUGACCUCAUCCCCAUCGUUGACCUCAAAUUCGUUCCUUGGGGCAAUGCAANCCUUCAACCCAACCACACCUUCAUCUGCCAGCAUGGACCAAAUGAGUGCUUCCUGAAUACAGUUGAAGCCUGUGCAAUUGAUAUUUGGCCUGAACUGGGCAAGCAUUUUCAGUUCAUCUACUGUGUUGAGGAUUUUGUGCAUCAGCGAAGGGUCAACGAGUGGGAAUCUUGCUAUGAGAAGCUGCAUCUGGAUUCCGAACCUAUUAAGCAGUGUUAUAAUAGUGAACAUGGAAAACAGCUGGAGCUACAAUAUGCAGCUGAAACAGAUGCUUUGCAGCCUCCUCACAAGUAUGUUCCAUGGGUAGUUGUGGAUGGAGAACCGCUCUAUGAGGAUUAUGAAAACUUCUUAAGCUAUAUCUGUAAGGCUUAUAAAGGCACUGAUACACCCAAAAGUUGCACCAAAGUAUCAUACCUUACAGAACUGAAAGCAAAGAACGAACAUUCAGUUUGCGACAAGGAAAGAGAAGAGCCUAUUAACUUGGCGAAAAGUGAGUUCAACCAUGUCUUCAUGGUUGCACAAGAUGAACCUUGGUGAUACAAUUUAGAUGUGACAAUGCUUAAUGUAAAAGCAGUUUGUUCGUGUUACGUUCUGUUGACUGACACCUCAGAAAUUGCAAAUUAGACUUCCAAACAAAA